UGGCUGCCCACUUCGACAUUCACCCCGAUAGACGAUCGCUCCCGCUUAGGGUGCCUUGCAGUAGCAGCUGACUUGAAUUCCGGUUUUGCGGCACCACAGCAGGCCUCCGACAGCGAGUCCGCACACUUUGCAACCCUCUGCGAAACUCCGAUUUCGCCAAAUUGUCGUCUAACGUCAUCUGUUUGCAACCGUCAGGAGCCCUGCAGAAUCGUGCACAGCCCCAGUCAUGGCCGAGUCCGACCCCAACCCAGUCGUGUUCUUCGAUGUCACGCUAGGAGGUGAGAAACUGGGUCGCAUCAAGAUGGAGUUGUUCAAGGAUGUGGUUCCACGGACGGCGGAGAACUUUCGCCAAUUCUGCACGGGAGAAACCAAGAACAACCGUGGCCAGCCACAAGGCUACAAAGGGUGCAAGUUCCAUCGCGUGAUUAAAGGGUUCAUGAUCCAGGGUGGAGACUUCAUCAACGGCAACGGAACUGGAUCAAGAACAAUCUAUGGCACCGAGAAAUUUGCCGAUGAGAACUUCACCCUAAAGCACGAUGGACCUGGGCUGCUCUCCAUGGCUAACUCUGGGCCCAACACCAACGGGUGCCAAUUCUUCAUCAUCACCUCUCCUACCGGUACAUCUCACCUAAACGGAAAGCAUGUUGUCUUUGGCAGGGUCAUAGAUGGCAUGGAUGUUGUUACUAAGAUUGAGAACACGCGUGUUACCCAGUCAGAGAACCGGCCGUUGCAGGACGUUGCGAUUGCGCAGUGCGGAGAGAUGUGAGCGUGGAUGGCGCAGACUUGUCUUGCAAUGAGUCUGACCACACUCUGGCUUGGUGCAACGAUCGAUCCGUCUAAAUGACCCAGGAGGUGGAAGCAUUACCGUGGACUAGGUACAGCACUAUGUAGCACUUCGCCCACGACACCACAGUCAUGGUCCGCAGAGGAAAAGCGCAAGGAGAAAAACCUGCGCGAUGAACGAAAAUGAAAUACAGUCGAAGAUCUGCUUGUAUGGCUUCGUCACUGACCUUUUCGUCGGUUCUACUGGCAGAAAAUGUGU